AUGGAUACGUAUGACAACACCAUAUUGUCGGUAUUGCAGGCUGCCAAUAUUGAUGAGGAAGCUUUGAAAAGCUUUAGCCGGGAUGACCUGAAGGAUCUUUUUCCUGGCCCUGAAAAUUUCCUCAAAAGAAAGAAGCUUUGGGAUUUCAUCAGUCAAAAGUGUGAAAGUGUUACUGAUCAAGAUGCCAACACUUGUCAUCGAAGUGGGAGAAAAGCCUUUCCUAGUGAUGUGCCACAAUGUCAGCCUCAAACCUCCACUCCCAUUUCCUACACUGCUGAUAAAAUGAUGAAAAUGCCAGACCCACCAGAGUAUGUGGUGUACACAGAUUCAGAGCUGGAUAUGGUGCGCAGUCAGUACUUUGCAUUGCUCCGCAAUGGAAAGGAAAAGGACUGUAAGAUGUCAAAGGAGCUCUGUUGCAGACUUAUAAGGAACACCGUUACCAGCAUGGUUGCAAUCCUCCGAGCUAGUCCCAUGGGGAAAGAAGUAAAUUACCCCUCCAAACUUGAAAUGAGAGCAAUGUCACAGAAGAUUGUUGAGUAUUACCCUAUGUUACGUGAUGCUGAUGCAUACAUGCCAUACCUGACCAUCUACACCAAACUGUACAAGCGACUGCAAAACAUGAGGUCUCCAAGGAAGAGGCAGGGUUCCAUGCCACAACGAGGCAAAGCCAAGAAGACUCUUUUCAGCUCAGAUGACACAGACAUUGGGACAGACGGUGACCUAAGCGGUGAAACAAGUGAUGGUACCAUAAUUCUUGAGAGCAAUGAUGACAUCAGUGAGGACAAUUCGAGUGCAGAGAAAUCACCCCUAUUGCAGUUACCCCCCAGUGUGUCAACAAAGCCAAGCAGUACCACCCUGGCUUCACUGACAUCAUCCAAGUCAGCUCGAUGCUCCACACCCAGGACUGUUACAGCUCCACCUCCUCCAACUGCACCCCCAGAGGAUGUUGUUGAUCAUGACAGUCUGAAGAUGCAGGCAAGGCACUACAAAACCUUGAGCAACAUGUACAAGAAGUCCAAUGCAAAACCCAACCAAAGCGAUGUUGCUCAGAUUUUGGACCUUGAAUUUGAGGCCAGGCGAGCUUUCAUUAAUUCAGAUGUUACAAGGGAAGAAGACCGACCCACAAAAGUCUUUGAGGCAUACCCAUGCUUCAAAGACAUUCAAAAUGUUAUGGGUGAACUGUGUCGCAUUGUUGGUGGCUCCAACCGCAAAUUUAUAGAGGAAAUGAAGGGUAGAUGGGCAGAGUUUUGUUCUAAGGUGCAGUUCUAUGGUGUGUGGAAGAAAAUCUUGAAACCUCCUCUUCCCUUGGAUGUGCAUGGAGUGGAAUUCACUAUUGCCCUCUUCGAUGCUCUUCCAUCACUUUUUCCUUCCCCAACUACACCACCAAAGCGGCUGGGAAAUGCCAGUGAGGCUCUCCUUCAUAUCCUUAAGCCCGGUGAAGAUGCUAUGUUAUACCUGCAGAAGCGGCCCCUCUCCUCCCCGGUGCUGCUUUUUGAUGGAACAUCCACCAUUGUUGCUGUGGGAAACGUACCAGUGAGCACUCUUCCAUUGGAGGAAUUUUGGGAAGGAAUGUUGGUGUUAAUGGCAUAUUACUACACUUUGCACUUAACAUACCCAAAAUGUGUUGCAACGCUCCUCUCUGUCAUACAAACUGAGGUUAUCUGUGAUACCAUCCAUAAUCAAGAUGCCACUAGCACAUAUAAAAGAGCAAUAGCUGAAUGGAACUGUCCGGUAGCUCUCUCACAAGAGAGCGGCGCGCUCCGGGUACUGGAAGACCUCCGGACCGAUGAGCGGAAGAACUGGGCAAAGCUGCGGGAGUCGCUUCACUUCCGGUUCAGCGCGGGUGACCAUAAGGAGGCAGCGUGCGAGAAGCUGGCGGUCUGCCGGGGCUACCUGGAAUUCGAGCACAACAAGCGGGAAGAGCUAGCCCGGCGCUCAUUUGUUUGGGGACUCUGA